AUGCUUAAUCAGGCCAGCGGCGAGGCCGGCAGUGGCGCAGACACUGGCGACUCAGUUGUCACUGCUCCGAGACUGGCGGCCAGGCUGGCGGCUAGACUGGUGGCGGGGCUCCGAGACUGGCGGCCAGGCUGGCGGCUAGACUGGUGGCGGGGCUCCGAGACUGGCGGCCAGGCUGGCGGCUUGGCGUGCGGCCAGGCUGGCGGCUUGCCUGGCGGCGAGGCUCCAAAACUGACGGCCAGGCUCCGAGACUGGCGCCCAGGCUCCGAGACUGGCGGCCAGGCUGGCGGCCAGGCUGGCGCCCAGGCUGGCGGCUAUGCUGGCGCCCAGGCUCCGAGGCUGGCGGCUAGACUGGUGGCGGGGCUCCGAGACUGGCGGCCAGGCUGGCGGCUAGGCUGGCGGCUAGGCGUGCGGCCAGGCUGGCGGCUUGCCUGGCGGCGAGGCUCCGAAACUGACGGCCAGGCUCCGAGACUGGCGGCCAGGCUCCGAAACUGA